AUGGAGACCAUAGGAGACGAGAAGCAUCCAGACGCUCUUCAGAGUGAUCUUGCCGGAAAGUCUGACUCGGACACUGAUGCUAUUCAGUGGACAGAGGAGGAGGAAAAGAGACUCCUUCGCAAGGUUGAUCUUAUCAUCUUGCCCCUCUUGAUUCUAGGCUUCUUUGCCCUGCAGCUCGACAGAGGAAACAUUGGCAAUGCUCUGACCGAUGGCUUCUUCAAGGAUGUCGGGAUUACCCAGAACCAGUUCAAUGUUGGCCAGCAGUUGCUGUCGCUGGGUAUCAUUCUUCUUGAAAUCCCUAGCAACCUCAUCCUGUACCGUGUUGGCCCGACUAUCUGGAUCGGCGGUCAGAUCGUAGCAUGGGGUCUGGUCGCAACCUUCCAGGCCUUCCAGAAGGGCCUUGGUCCAUUCAUGGCUACAAGACUCCUCCUUGGACUUUGCGAGGCGGGUUUCAUUCCGGCUUCUCUCUUUACUCUGACCCGAUGGUACAAGAGAGAGGAGACUAGCAAGCGAUACUCUUGGUUCUUCAUCGGCAACCUGGUCGCUGGCGCCGUAACUGGCCUUAUUGCCUAUGGCAUCUUGCACAUGCGAGGAGUCGCCGGCCUGGCUGGAUGGCAAUGGCUAUUCAUUCUCGAGGGAAUCUUCACCAUUCUUGUUGGUAUCGCUUUUCUGGUCACGUUCCCUACCCAAGUUGCAAAGCCGGUCUCCCUUCUCGGUUUCCGCUACUUCAAUGAGCGGGAGGCCCAGAUCCUCUACGAGAGAGUCUUGCGUGAUGAUCCUACCAAGGCCCAGGUCAAGCAGAGCGUCACAUGGGAAGAGAUGAGGAAUGUCUUGACUGACUGGAAGCUACUACCUCACGUCGGCUUCACGAUCUGCGGUCUUGCACCCGCUUCUGCCUUCGGUUCAUAUGCGCCAAGCUUGGUUGCUAGCUUCGGAUAUAAGCCUCUCGAGUCCAACGCCAUGUCUUCAGUUGGAUCCUGGCUGCUGUUGUUUACCAACUUGUUUUGGGGUUGGGCUAGUGAUAAGAUGAGAGCCCGUGGACCCAUGGUUGUACUCGGCUUUGUAAUCGGUCUGGCUUUCAACAUUGGCAUGUAUGUGUUGGUUGACUCGACAAACUCCAACCUCAAGUUUGCCAUCUUUACCCUUUCAAACGCCUUUUCAUGGCCAUGGCACCCCGUCAACGGCGCCUGGCUCUCAUUGAACGCGAGAACACCUGGUGAGCGAUCAGUCACGCUGGCCAUCCACAUCAUGUCGGCCAACUGCGCUGGAAUCGUGGGAAAGCAGCUCUUCCGCUCAGAGGAUGCGCCCAACUAUCCUAUCGGAUUUGGUGUUAUCAUGGCCCUCACAGCUGUGGCGGUCGUGCUGUCGUGUGUUGCCAACCUUCAGUACUACUUCUGCAAUGGACGGAAGCUGGCUCGAAGCGGAUUGAGGUAUUCGUAUUAA